UCGUCAGCACCGAUGAGCGGUCUUUCUAUUUUAACAAUAUUCAGAUGGCCCAGAGUAGGAGCUCUGUUCUCACUGCUGCUCACUAAAAGGCCACCGCCUACAGUGCAGCUCCUAGGACGCAGCUGAUGUUCUUGAACAUUGUUGUUUAAGGUUUUUAGUAACAUUAUAGAACACAGAAUAGAGCAAAGUAGAAUCUGUUGUAUGACAGGAGCAGAGCAAACUCAUCACAACAUUUUUUGAACAUGUGAUUCGGUGGGUUGGGUUAAAUCGCAGGCAGUGGGGGGAGCACUUCUCUGCUCCGAUACAGUAGAUGAUCUGAAGGAGGCCUGAAGCUGCUGUUUAUCAGCAGACCUGUCGACUCAUUGACUAAUCUUCCUUUCCUGUGCUAGUUUGUGUAUUGAUGCAAUGCUGCAACCCUGAUGAGGGCAAAGUGAUAGAAAGACAGGAUGUGGGCAGACAACAGGUUUAAAACCUUUGUUCCUAAGAAAGAAGAAGUGACUCCUUGACACAGGAUGGAGCUCCAUUCUCGCUGCCUGACGCUUUUGCUUUAUUGUGUGUUGGAACUUCAAGCAGCCAGACUCCACGUCCAUCCCAACACGUCCCAGUUCUUCUGGUACGAGUCUGUGACUCUGAGCUGCGUGGUCGCUGAAAAGUCCAGCAACUGGGACUCCUGGACGCUGAAGAGAAACACCUCAAACCAGAUCGAUGUGCCGUGCAGCAGAUGGGGAGUGUCAAACAAGUCCUCCUGCAAAAUUGAAAAUGCUUAUCCAGCAGACAGUGGCAUGUACUGGUGUGAGUCUGAGUCUGGGGAGUCCAGUAACACCCUCAAUGUCACCAUCAGUGCUAGCACUGUGAUCCUGGAGAGCCCUGCACUCCCUGUGACUGAAGGAGACACGGUGACGCUUUCCUGUCAUCACAAAGAAGAGUUCAAACACAAAACCUUGAAUAAUUUUUCUGCAAACUUUUUCAAAAACGGCGUUUUCAUCGGAAACGCACGCAACAUCACCUUCUCUGCGGCGUCGAAAGCUGAUGAAGGUUUCUACAAGUGUGGACACCCCACAGGGGUGGAGUCGCCACAGAGCUGGCUCUCUGUGACCAGUAAAGUGAACGCUCCACCUGCUUCUCUUCAUCUCCUGUCUCUGCCCAGGGUGAUUGCUAUCAUUAUACUGAUCGUCAUUUACAAGCUGAUCCUCAUAGUGUGUGUAAAAAUGUACAGAAAGUGGAGCAGAGGUAGGAAUCCUGUUUAUCUGAGAUUGCUUUAUUGUGUGUUGGAACUUCAAGCAGCCAGACUCCACGUCAAUCCCAACAGGUCCCAGUUCUUCUUGCAUCAGUCUGUGACUCUGAGCUGCGUGGUCGCUGGGAAGUCCAGCAACUUGGAGUCCUGGACGCUGAAGAGAAACACCUCAAAAAAGAUGUCUGAGUCAUGCAGCAGCUGGGAAGAAUCGAACAAGUCCUCCUGCACAAUGGAAGACCCUUAUCCAGCAGACAGUGGCAUGUACUGGUGUGAGUCUGAGUCUGGGGAGUCCAGUAACACCCUCAAAGUCACCAUCAGUGCUAGCACUGUGAUCCUGGAGAGCCCUGCACUCCCUGUGACUGAAGGAGACACGGUGACGCUUUCCUGUCAUCACAAAGAAGAGUUCAAACACAAAACCUCAAAUAAUUUUUCUGCAAACUUUUUCAAAAACGACGUUUUCAUCGGAAACGCACGCAACAUCACCUUCUCUGCGGUGUCGAAAGCUGAUGAAGGUUUCUACAAGUGUGGACACCCCACAGGGGUGGAGUCGCCACAGAGCUGGCUCUCUGUGACCAGUAAAGUGAACGCUGCACCUGCUUCUCUUCAUCUCCUGUCUCUGCCCAGGGUGAUUGCUAUCAUUAUACUGAUCGUCAUUUACAAGCUGAUCCUUGUAGUGUGUGUGAUAAUGUACAGAAAGUGGAGCAGAGGUAGGAAUCCUGUUCAUCUGAGAUGAGAUUAGGUCAACAAAGUAAUGAUUUAAAUGAUCGGGCAUUUACUGUACAUGUGUUAUCAUUAACCUUUCAGAUAUUACAGAAUAUGUGAAUAAUUACAUAAAAUGAUUUCUUGCAUAAAUAAUGUGUAAUUUAAAUUGUUAUUUUCAUAAUUUAUAUUCAGUUAUAUGUUGUUGUUUUUUUUGAGCUGAACACCAACACAGAUCAAGUAGUGACAAGGGCCAGAAAGAAAGAACACAUCACUCCAGUUGCAAAGUCUCGGCAUUGGCUGUGUUUUAUAAUGAAUUUUAAGAUUCUUUUACUGGUCUUUAAGGGUCAUAGUAGGGCUUCGUGGUUUUAGCCCUAGCUAUUUAUCAGCACUUCCUGACCCCUAUGUGCCUUGUAGAACCUUCAGGUCUACUGGUAGGACUCUCUCUAAUAUUGCUGAAGUUAGAACUAAAACUCACGAUGAAGCGUAUUUCCAGCAUUGUGGCCCUGGCUAUGGAAAAUUACCUGUUUUAUAUGGCUUUUAGCUAAUCUUUAAUUUUUACAAGAUUUAAAUAUAUUAUUUUAGUUAAACUUAAAUUAUUUUAUUAAGAUUAAGAUAAGAUUUUAAUAACUUGCGAUGUUUAACUUUUUGCUUCUAUAUAUUUCUAAAGUGUUUUCUUUAAGAUCGUUUCUAAUAUUGUCCGUUCCUGUUAUUAGCCUCUCCAAUAUAUAUGAUUGCUGUUGUGCUGUGUCGUUUAUUGGUGUUUUUAUGUAUUCUCUCAAUUCUUCUACCUAUUAUUAUUGUUUAUUUUUUAACCUUUAUUUUCUUUUACCCUUUUUUAGGGAGGGUAUCUGUGAAGCACUUUGUGCUGCAUUUUUAUGUAUAAAAAGUGCUUUAUAAAUAAAGAUUGAAUGAUUAAAUAAUAUGUGCUUUUUUUAUUUUUGUAUGCUUUCAAAGAAAACAGAAACAAGAAUUUCCAGUUCAACUGAAAACUACACGUUUGCACGAGUUACCAAAUCUGGAGCAUGUCUUUUAUAGACAUGGAAAUGGCAAGUAGGUUCUAAAAGGAUUUGAUUUCUGUCCGCUGUCCUUGAUCAUAACCAGACUGUAUAAGUAAUACUAUAUUUUGCCAUCUAUAAUUCCUAAACACAUCAUUAGAAGUAUUCAGUCUGGUGGUCUGACUAUGUGACAUAUAACUUCCACCCACCUGCUGUCACACUCUCAGACACUCAUCGUUUACAUGCACCCACAUCAGUCAGUUAAACAAUACGUGACUUUUUGUCAUGUUCUGAUUCUCAGUUGUGACACACUUUACUGACACUAUGGGAGAAAUGGAGGAGAUUCCACCAGGCCUUGAGCAAGUGGUGAAGAUCACGCUUUAGAAACCAAAGACGAGACUUAUCGAACAUGAGCUGUCGAACGAAAAGCAAAAAAGGAAAAGCUGCAAAGUUCUCAGGAGCAUUAAACCUGUGCAUGAAGGUACAUUAUUUAUUUUCUGUAGUUUUAAGUUAAACGUGUUAUGUUAAU